UGCCGCUGCAGAAAGGGAAGAAUCAGCCGCAGAGAGUGCAGAAUAGGAAGGAGAAAGAACAUCGAGAGAGUAUAAAUAAACAAAAGCAACAAUCGACAAUGUUUAAUCUGCUGCGACGCUCGCGUCAGAGAAAGCUGCACAAGAGCAAAAACAACGACACAAGCGACGAAGAGGAUAAAAGUAAUAAAGAGAGCAGCCCUUGCCCGAGCGGCUCUCUUCGGCAAAGAGAGAGCGAAAUGCAGGCGAAAGAAGAGCACAGCGCAAGAGCACAGCUGCCAGCACACAGACGGGCGGUGAUCGAGGAGCUGGAGGACUUUGCCGAUGACAGCGACGAAGAGCAAAAAAGACGUUCGUCGCCGCCAUGUGUAAAAUUAGCAAAAACAGCUGCUAAUGGCCGCCACUCCGAAGAAACAGCGGCGGCACUCUCUCCGCUCCGCUCUAACAAACGGUAUAUAAAUAACACUGGGCAGAGGGUGGUGGCAGGGGCUGUGUCGUCUGCCGUUCUUGCUGCUGCUGCUGCUGCUUCUGCUCUUGAUGAUGAUCCAAAUGCUGCGGCGGACAGUCCAAACGAAACAGCCAGCGCGAACGCGAAUGCGAAUGCGAAUGCUAACGGUAACGGUGAGGAGAGCGCCAGCCAACACAUUGAAAAGGUGGCCAAUCAGCUAAUUGGCAAUUGCCAUAGCCCCAAUAUUGGGCCACUGAUCGAUGGCCGGCCAAACGACACAGUCACAGUAGUCGCCCGUCGAGAGCGUGCCGCCGCAACGAACGAAGCAGCAACACCACGAAAAUCAUCGUCGCGCCUUUCCCUGAAAAGCUUUGCUGCCCUGCCACUGGCCCUGAGUGGCAGCAACAGUAACACAACUAACGGCACAAUCCAGGACCUUGACUGUGAGACAGCGUCAGUCCCAGCGAGUGUGACAAAGAAACGAAAAACUCUGCAAAAGAGUCGCGAUUUUCUCAGUGAAAUUUUCAUGGCGCGUGGACGUAAUCAUCAGCGCCAGCAGCAGCAGCAGCAGCAGCAGCAGCACCACCACCAGAAGAAGCAGCAGCAGCAGCAACAGCAAGUGCAACAGGGCAGUGGCAAGUGCCACACUGCAGAAGAGAAGAGCAACAAAAGUAACGAUAACGAUAACAGUAGCAACCACGUAAUCGAUCAGGCAGCACUGGCACGCCGCCUCACACACCUUGAAACGAACUCCGACCCCGCCACUGCCACCGCCGCAGCAUCCACAAAUAGUUAUCAAAUGACUAUGUCUAAUAAUAGACCAGAGAAGCACGGCCAGAGAGCCGAGGAGCAUCAGCAGCCAGAGAGCGAACUCAAGCGAGAGCGUCGCAGUAAUUCAGCUGGAGCAGCGCCACAUCAACGCCCAGAGAGACGAGAGCGCCACCGGCCAUCAGAGAGUGUAGAGAAUCAUGGCCGAGCAAUGGCGCGAUCAUGCAGUGCCGAGCCGCGAGAUGUCAGCCCCAGCAGAGACUUUAUUCAAGCGGCAAACGUCGUCGAGUGGCGGCGAACGGUGGCCCGGCACGCGGAAGCAGCAGAACAACGCGAACAACAGCAGCCAGGCAAUGCAACAUUGCAACAAGCAGAGCAACAGCAACAGCAACAGCAACAACAAACAAGUGACAUAAUCAUGGGCCAAACCAGUGCCAAGCCCAACGAAACAGCAACGGCAACGGCAUCGGCGCACAGCUCGCGAGCCAGCACGCCGCGUGAGUUCCGUGAAUCGGUGGUGAGUCCGCCACAGGCACCGCCGCGCCAUCACAAGUCACAGGAUGCAGGAGUGCCACAAAUAACGGUGGAGGAUUGCAGCUUUGAGAGCUUCAGCAGCAAUGAAGAGCAUGAGGAGCACGAGGAGCACCUGGAGCGAGAGAAGGAACCGCAGGAAUGGCACAAACCGGAACCGGAAGUGUACCAUGAUUUCGAUAGCGGCCUAAACAUCGAAGAACUCAACGAAGCCAACAUUGAGACGCUCGAGGAUGAGGUCUUUGCCACGGACAUACCCUCAACCAUCUAUCAGAAUGCGAAUGGCAGGCCAUGGACACGCCUCAGUCAUGUCAAGCUGGAGAAUGUUCAGGAGGAAGCUGAGGAAGAUGACGAGGAGCAGGAGGAAGAUGAGGAUGAAGUGGAUGAGGCUGUGGAUCUGGAGUAUCAACACCACAAUCCGGCCACGCCCAGCGGCAACUCCAGGCAGUCGGCCAGCAGCGAACGCAGCGCCCUGAAAAGUGACUCCAACCUGAGCAGCAGCUAUGCGGAUUCCGGCAUUGGGGUGCACGACGAGGAGCAACAGCAGAAGGUGUCACAGCAGCAGCACCAUCAGCAGGCACCACAACCGCCGCCCCGCAGCUCAUCGGCGACAUCGGCGACCCAAUCGCUGCUGCAGCAGCGUCGCGACGGUCGCUCGCCCUUCACCCGCGACGGCUACUCCACGGACUGCGAGGAGACGCUGCUGCAGUGCGACGAACUCGACGACGAGCGCGAUCUCAGCGAGCGGCUGGUAUGCAUCGAGAGCAUUAGCCUGCCGGAUGUGGUGGUUGAGUCAACGACCGCCAGCACCACAACAGCCACAGCCUCGACCACAAAUGGCAGCAGCAACAGCAACCCCAGCGCAGAGGCACAGAUCAAUAUCAAUAUUGCCCAUGGUGCGGGGGGCAAUAGUCUGGGCAACGUGCACUUUAUACCCAUCCAUGUCGAAGGGCGCAGUCGCAGCAACAGUCCCAACAAGCAGCGCAGCCGCGACGAUAGCUGCCUGGGCGAGAGCCUGGAGAUCACCGAGGAUGGCAGUGUCCUGAACAAGCCGGUACGGCAGGAGCACUCCUUUGAGACACACGAGCUCAGAAAAGAGCUGAAACAGCAGAAGGCACGCUUCAACAGCCAGCUGGACGAGGCACACAAAAAUGUCCAUCAACUGGAAGCCAAAGUCGGGGAAAUGCAUCUCAAGAUAGAGAAAUUGGAGCAGGAACUCUCACUCAAACAAUGGAAUGUGGAAAGACUCCAGGGAGAGCUGAGUGCGGCUCAUACGGAUGAUGAAUAUGUGCGUAAGAAGCUCAAAUUUCUGGAGGAUGAAAAGGUUCACCUGAGGCACAAAUACAGCGAAGAUCAAGAUGAAUAUCGGCUCAAAUAUGACGAACUCGAGGCUCAGUACAACGAUCUAACCGAGAAGUACAAACAAACGCAGGGACUGGCCAGCAGUUUGCAAACGCAGCUGGCGGGUGCACAGUCCGAGGCUGAGGAGUGGCGCCAGCAGGUGGAGAGCAUCCGCGGAGAGUUGGAUGAGCAGAUACGCAUCCUCAAGAAUGCGCUGGACAACUCGGAGGCAGAGCGUAAAAUAUGCGAGGACAAGUGGCAGAAAGAAUUCGAAAUGCUCAGGACACACAAUCGCGAACGCGAGGAAACCCUGAUGACGGACUGCGAAUGGCAGCUGCGACAAAUGCAGCGUCAGUGCAAGGAUAAAAUGGACAAAUCCAAUUACGAACGGAAACAGGCCUCGGCCAAGGCCGAAGAACUGGAGCUGGAACUGCAAUCCCGACGCAAGGAGGCCGAACAUUUGCGCGUGUGCCAGGCGCAGGUGAACUCCCUGCGUGGCGUUGUGGGCGAACAGGAGCAAACCAUUCAAACGCUUAUGGAUCGCAUCGAGAAUCUCAAGAGCGAUCUGGCCACUGCCAACGAGAGUCUCGAGGCGCAGAUCGAAGCUGUGCACAAGAUCAAAUAUCAGUGUGAUAAUGCCAUCUAUGACAAGGAGCGUCAAAUGAUCUACAAAAUCGAUGAAGUUCGCAAUGAAGCUGCCGCCUUCUGGGAAAACAAACUUUACACAGAGAUGACAAGACUGACAAAUGAAUUGGAGUCCGUUUAUGUGGACGAGCGGCGGGAUGCUUUGGAUAAGCUACAGAAUGAGCAUAUCGAGGAGCUGAGAGCGCUGACCAAUCGAUACACGGCCAAUGAGGAAGAACUGCGAGCCGAGAUCGAUGAGCUGCAUGAGAAUCUGGAGCUAAAGAAACAGGAUUUCCUCACUCUACGCGAACGUUCCGACAAUGCCCUGCUGCAGACGCGCAUGCAUUUGGAUCGAGCCGAUCGCGAGUACCAGAAUGCCAUGUGCCGUGAGGAGGAUCGUCGCGUGGAGCUCGAGGAGCGACUCAAGAAGGAGUUCGAGGAGGAGAAAACCGAAAUGGAGGAGAAGUUCCGCGAGCGUCUGGGCCAGGUCAAGGAAGAGUUUGCCAAGGAGCUGCAGCUGUCCACCCAGGACAUGGUGGAGUCCCAUCGCAAGGAGUUGGACUCACAGAAGGCCAAACUUCAAGCGGAAAGGGACGAGGCACUGCAGGAUCUUGUGGACCGACAUCGCGCCAAAAUCGCCGCUGCCGAUGAACGUUUCAACGAUUUAGAGCUUCGGCACCAGCGCAAUCUCAAGGACCUGAAGGCGGCAUACGAUGCCGAGAAGGCGGCGCUGGAUAAGCGUGACAUCAGCAAUGCCAACGAGAUCGAGCAGCUGCACCGCAAGUGCCGUUGUCUAACGAAUCUAUUCGAAGAGAUGCGCAUGCGCUAUGAACGUCGGGAUCCCCGUGCCGAGGAUCUGCGUGAAAUUUCCGAGCUGCGCACGCGCUGUGAGAGCCAGGAGCGGGAUCUGUACGUCCUCACCGAUCGUUUGCGGGACAUGCAGAACCAAAUGUCGGAGAUGCAGCAAAAUGGCAAGGCCGCUGGAAAGUCCAUUAAGAAGCCCCCGCCCAAAACAUUGCCCACCAGCUGUGACGUCAUCUAUGAGGAGAACGAAGAGCGGGAAUCCCCCGAGCAGGAGAGUGGCAGCCAGGAGGAUGACGAAGAGGAGGAGCAGGAGCAGGAGCCCAGCGACACGGAAUCAAAUCACACAAUCGAAGUCAAUGGCAAGGAUACACACCUCAACGAGGACGACGCCCACCUGAUAACGGCAGUCUAAACCGAUCCGAUCCUAUCCGAUCGAUCUUGUCACUUCCAAAUCAACAAUUUUUGGCUGUUUUUUUUCAAAAGAGUUCCAACCCGAGGGGUGGCCCAUGGGGUCAGUGGGGGACCAAAGUCUUGGCACUAAAACGCA